AUUAUAGUGCAGCAAUACGCAAUCAGUUGCAAUCAGUUAGUUGCUUUUUCACGCAUCAGAAAGUCUCAGACAUGGGAAAGAAAAAUAAAUAUAAGGAGGCUGAGAAGCCUGUGCCCCCUGCAGCACAGCCACAACAACAACAAGCUGCUGGUGCACCGGGUGCUCAGAACAGACCCACUCAACCCGCUAGACCCCCAGCCACUCCCACUCCAUCCACAAGCUCCGCCGCUUCUGGGUCCCAACUACAGCAGGGAGGAUGGCGAACACAGGACAGUCACCAGCAGCGCUCUCAGGCCGGGCAAGGCUGGGACGGACAACUAAAAGGACCGCGGCAGCCAGGAGGCAGUCAACAGAGAGGACCGCAGAAGCAAGGAAGCGGACAAGAGAGAAGACCGCAGCAGCAAGGAGGCGGACAACAGAGAGGUCCGCAGCAGCAAGGAGGUGGACAACAAAGAGGACCACCCCAAAAGCAGGGUGGCGCGGCUCUGCCGCCUCUCCCAGCAGGCACCAUGAAGCGUGGAACUUUGGGAAAACCAGGUCAAGUAUCUGUCAAUUACCUCGACGUUAACUUGGACAAAAUGCCAGCUGUGGCCUACCACUACGAUGUGAAGAUCACGCCAGAGCGUCCUAAGAAGUUCUAUCGUCAGGCAUUUGAUCAGUACAGAGUUGAACACUUGGGCGGUGCGAUUGCCGCAUUUGAUGGACGUGCAUCGGCCUACUCAGCUGUGAAGCUAAAAUGCAGCUCCCAGGGCCAAGAAGUGAAAAUAUUAGAUCGCCACGGCCGUACCCUGACUUACACUCUGGAAAUCAAGGAGACAGAGGACUCGGAAGUCGAUCUGAACUCGCUGAGAAACUAUAUGAAGGAUAGGAUAUAUGACAAGCCCAUGAGAGUUUUACAGUGUCUGGAGGUUGUGUUGGCGGCCCCCUGUCAUAACACCGCCAUACGCGCCGGUCGCUCGUUCUUCAAAAGGUCAGAGCCCGGUAAAGCCUUUGAUCUGAACGACGGCUACGAAGCUCUAGUUGGACUCUAUCAAGCAUUCGUGCUUGGCGAUCGCCCGUUUGUUAAUGUGGACAUAUCGCACAAGUCCUUUCCGAAGGCCAUGACGAUCAUUGAAUAUUUAGAGCAGUAUCAGCGCAAGAGAAUUGACAAAAGCACAAAUCUUGACGACAGGCGUUACAAAAUCGAAUCAUUCCUAAAGGGCAUGAAUAUAGUAUACGAUCCGCCUGCCUGUUUUGCCAGUGCCCCUCGCGUCUUCAGAGUCAACGGGCUUUCCAAGUUUCCCGCUAGCAGUCAGAAAUUUGAGCUGGAUGGGAAGCAAACGACGGUUGCAGAGUACUUCCGGUCUCGGAAAUAUAAUUUAAAGUAUCCGAACCUGCUUUGCUUGCAUGUUGGGCCGCCGUUGAAAAACAUUUAUUUGCCUAUCGAACUAUGUCGCAUUGAGGAUGGGCAGGCCCUGAAUCGCAAGGAUGGAGCUAAUCAGGUGGCGGCCAUGAUUAAGUAUGCUGCCACUUCCACCAACGAGAGGAAGGCCAAGAUCAUCCGCUUGAUGGAAUAUUUCAGGCACAAUUUAGACCCGACCAUCAGCCACUUUGGCAUACGUCUGGGCAGUGACUUCAUCGUCGUGAAUACACGCACGCUCAAUGCGCCUCAGAUUGAGUACAAAAACAAUUUGGCCUCGGUAAGGAACGGUUCGUGGCGCAUGGAUCGCAUGCAAUUCUAUGACCCCAAGCCAAAGCCACAUAAAUGGGCUAUACUCUACGGUAAGAUUGACUACAUGAGUGUGGUCGAUUUUCAGGGCAUGAUAAUUCAGCUGAGUCGCACCGUCAAUAUGUGCCUGAAUGACAACGCCGAGAUACGGAAUUACAGUGAUGAGUGUGAACUGGAUUCUCAUUUCCUUGAUUUAAAAAACAAUCAAUUUGAUUUGGUGUACGUUAUUAUACCAAAUUCCGGGUCCGUUUAUGAUGUCGUGAAGCAAAAGGCUGAGCUGGAGCAUGGAAUUCUCACACAAUGCAUCAAGGAGAACACAGUCCUGCGUAAAUGUAACCUGCAGUGUAUUGGAAACGUUCUGCUUAAGGUCAAUUCCAAGCUAAACGGCAUCAAUCAUAAGCUAAAGGAUGACCCCCUCUGUCUGCUAAAGAAUGCGAUGUUCUUGGGUGCUGAUGUAACUCAUCCAUCGCCAGAUCAGCGUGAGAUCCCCAGUGUGGUGGGUGUUGCCGCCUCCCAUGAUCCAUUCGGGGCUUCAUAUAACAUGCAAUAUCGCUUGCAACGCUCUGACUUGGAGGAGAUACAGGACAUGGAGUCGAUAACUCUUGAGCACUUGCGUGUCUAUCAUCAGUUCCGGAAAUCCUAUCCCGAGCACAUUGUCUAUUAUCGUGAUGGCGUGAGCGAUGGUCAGUUUCCCAAGAUCAAGAAGGAAGAGUUGAGUGGAAUUUGUGCGGCCUGCACCAAGAUGCUCAUUAAUCCCAAGAUUUGCUGCGUCAUCGUGGUUAAGCGGCAUCAUACACGCUUCUUUCCGAACGGAACUCCAUCGCUAUACAACAAGUUUAACAAUGUUGAUCCGGGAACGGUCGUCGAUCGCACCAUUGUCCAUCCCAAUGAGAUGCAGUUCUUCAUGGUCAGCCAUCAGUCGAUUCAGGGGACGGCCAAGCCGACGCGUUACAAUGUGAUUGAGAAUACGGGCAACUUGGAUAUAGACUUACUGCAGCAAUUAACAUACAAUCUUUGUCACAUGUUUCCCCGUUGCAACCGCGCAGUGUCUUAUCCGGCUCCGGCAUAUUUGGCACAUUUGGCUGCGGCACGUGGACGUGUCUAUCUCACUGGCUGCACCAAGUUCCUCACUCCAAAGGAGGAAUACGAAAAGCGGUUGAUUGUUCCACAGUUCCUGAAAACGAACCCCAUGUAUUUCGUGUAGGCAGAACAGUAAA